AUGAUACCUAUAGAAAAUAUAAAAAUACAUUCACAAAAAAUAACUACAAAAAAUGAUUCUAAUGAAAAGAAUAAAAUUGAAAAAUUAGAAGAAAUAAAUUAUUAUAUCAAUAGUGAAAAUAAUAAUAAAAAUAGUCUAAAUAGUGAUAACAUAAAUGAAAAUAAUAAAAUUAAUUUAAAUAAUAAUAAUAAUAAUAAUAUAAAUGGAAAUAAUAAAAUUAAUUCAAAUGAUAAUAAUAACUCUAAUGAAAAUAGUAAAUUUAAUUCAAGUGAUAAUAAUAAUAAUAAUUUAGAUAAUAGUAAUAACAAUAUAGAUGAAAAUAGUGAUAAAUUAAAUUGUAAUAACAACAGUAUUAACAAUGACAAUAACAAUUCAAAUGAAGACGAUAAUAAAUUAAUUAAAAAUGAUAAAAGGAAAAUUAUAAUGUUUUCAUCUAUUCUUCGAUAUAAAAGAUAUUUGACAAAAAAAGGAAAUACUUAUUUUGAUUUUAAUCAAACUAAUUUAGAAUUAAAUGAAAAAGAAAUGUUAGUUCAAAGUAGUAACUUUUAUCAUUUAUUUGAUUUAAGAUCCUUAUUUUUUCCGCAUAUAUAUUUUAAUAUUAACUCACAUAUGAACAUUAACAUUUCUGAUUAUUUAAACUAUAUAAAAAAUCAAUUGAAUAUAGGUAUUAACAGUGAACAAAGUAAAAAUAUAAAUUAUUCUUCAAAACAAGAAUUUAUUUUGGAGGCUAUUGAACAAGUGGAGCAUAUAGAAAUAAAAGUAAAGAUAAUCAAAAAGUUAUUUUUAAUAUUAAACAAAAAUGUCGCCGAAAAAAUUAAAAAAUAUAUUGAUAAAAUACCAGAAAUCAAUUCGAAUGACUAUAUUUUUGUUCAGACAAAUCGUAAAAAUGAUAUAUUGUUUGGAUAUAUUAAAAGUAACAAAUAUAAUUUAUUUUUUGAGAUUUUAAAUUUUAAAAAAAUUUUUCUUCAGCAUUAUAAAGAUAAUAUAAAAAUAGAUAUAUAUGAUAUAAACUUAAUCAAUAAGAGUGAUGAUUAUUUUGAAAAUAGAAAUGGAGGCAUAUUUUUAAAAGAGCAAAAUGUAAAUGUAACAAAGGAUACAUUUGACAGCAUUACUUUUUCUUCUAAAUAUUAUUUUGAUUAUUAUUUUUCAAAAAAUUCAGUUGUAGAAUAUGAUUAUUCGAAUGAAAAAAAAAAAAUGCUUCUUGUUUUUAAUUUAUGCAUAAGUUAUGUGAAGAAUAAUCUAUUUAUAUUGGUUAUUUAUAAUGAUAACAAUUAUAGUAAUAAUUCAAAUGUUAAUAAUAAUUCGAACUUCUUAUAUUAUGAAGAAUUAGAUGUGUAUAAUAAGCAAUUUAAUUUAAAUAAUAUAGAUAAAAAUAUAUUUAAAACGAAUUCUUUUUUUAUAGAUAACUUAUAUCGUAACUUAAAAAGUAAAUUAUUAUGCUCUUUUACUUUUAAAUAUUUACCCUUAGAUGAUUAUAUAAGAAGUAUUAACUUUUCAAAAAUAAAAAAAAGUAAAUUUUAUAAAAAUCUUUAUACUUUUAUUAUUUAUUGCUUAUCAAAUGAAGGUAUAGUAUAUAUAUUUUUUUGUAAUUUAUUAAUAUUAAAUAUUUUUUAUGAAAACAAAUUUGAAUUAAUUGUAAAAAAGUAUUUUUGCUUUCAACUAAAUAGGGAGAGUUCAUAUAACAAAAUAAGUACAGUAAAUUGCAACUCUAAAUAUUUGUAUUCUUUAUGCUCCCAUAAUAUUUUUCCAUAUAAAAAAUUUUAUAAUUUUAUAAAUAAAAACAUAUAUGCUAGCAAUUUAAACGAUACAUCAAGAAAUGUAGAAAGAGAAAGUAAAAUAUAUUUUGAUAAUAAUUCAAAUAAAAUUGGAAACAACUUUACAAAUGAUUUUUUAACUUAUGAAAAAAAUGAUAGUGAAAGUAUAAUGAAUAAUAGUGAUCUUGAUUAUAAAAUUAGGAAUGAUCAUCUUAAUAUAGAUUGCUAUGUAAAUAAGAAAGAUGAUUCCAAUUAUGUUGAUAUAGCAUAUUAUAAAUACACUUUUCUUAUAAUUACAUGUAAAUACGAUUUUUCUAUAGUAACAUUAAGAAGGAAAAAAAAAAGUUUUCAAAUGGAAUUGAUUAACUAUUCCUUUUCAAAUAGCAAAAGUUCUAAUAUUAUAUGUAAUGUAAUAGUAAAUAAAUGUAAUUUUGAAAAAUAUAAUGAAAAUAAAAAAAAAAGUAAAAGUUUUAUUUUAUUUGAAAUAAUGUGCUUUUAUCAAAAUGGUUUAAUGAAAAAAUAUAAUUAUGUAUGCACUCUUAAAAAUAAGAAUUUUGAAUUUUUCUUAACAGAAAAUGAAAUGAAAAAUGGAAUUAUUUCAAAAAAAAAUUUUUUUAAACCGUUACUCUUUCCAUUUAACGAAGAAGUGUUAAAAAAAAAAAAAAAAUUUAAUAAUAUAAUUUUAAAUAAUGUACAACUAAGUUACUUUAAAAAUUUCAUAUAUAUAUAUUUUCAAGAAAAACAAUAUGAAAGUAUUAGUUUGGCAAUUAACAAUCAAUGUUUAAUUAUUAAUUAUAUUAAAGCAAUAAGUAAACUUUUUAAAAAAAUAUGCACUUUACUAUAUAAGAAAAAAGAAAAGGAAAGUAGUAACAAUUCAAAUGUGAAUAAUGAAAUAAAAGAAAAUUGCGAGAAUUAUCAUAGUGUUGAUAAAAGAAAUAGAUUUUCAGAUAAAAAUGAUGAAUUGAAUUAUAAUGAUGAAAGAAUAAGUUACUUUUUAAAUGAAAUUGAUUCAAAUGUAUUUUGUGAUAAAAAUAUGAUGAAUUAUUUGAAUUGCAAUUUAUUCACUCAAAGAGAGCAUAAGACAUGUUUUUUAGAAUAUAAAUAUAUUAUAUUUGGUUUUUAUGAUUUGCAUUUAAUAAAUGAAAAAAAUAACGGAAAUAUAAAUGAAAUGAAAACAAAAAUGAAUAAAAAAAUUUUAAUGAACUCUUGUGAUAUACAUAGUCACUUUAAUUUUUUAAAUAUCAUAAAAAGUUAUAUUAAUUACAAUACUCUUAAAAAAUGCAUUAAUAACUUACCUAAUGAAAACAAAAAAGUAGAAAUGAAUUUUUAUUAUUUUAUUUUAAUUUUAAAUUAUUUUCAAAAUAAUUAUGUAUAUGAAUAUAAUUCUUUUUUUCACUUAGCAUACAACGAGUUACAUCAAAAAGGAAGUUUCUCUUAUAAAAGAAAAAUAUAUUCUAAAUUAUUUUUUGAGAACUUUGAAUUAAUAGAUAUAACAAAAUAUAGUAGUAUUUUAUUGUCUUUUCUAUUACACAUGUAUAAUUUUUGUUUGAAACAAAAUGGACUUAGUAAUGAUAAUUUUAGUUCACAUAUUACAUUUUUUUUAAUAAAUAAAAAAACAAAAAAAAAUAAGAAAAAAUUUAGAUAUUUUUGCAAAAUAAACGAAGGUAAAAAUGAUAUAGCAUCGGAUAAUAGAAGUAAAGAUGAAACUAAUAUUAUAAAGUGUAUAAAUGAUGAAUAUAUGAAAGAUAAUUUUGAUAAUUUAAAAAAUAACGCAUCUAAAGAAAAUGUCAAAUUUGAUGAUGAAAAAAAAAUAUUAAUGAAUGAGAACAAAAAAGACAUAAUUAAUUUUUUAACAUUGCAAAAAUGCUUAUACUAUAUAAAUAAAAUUAAAAAAUAUAUGAAUUUAACAUUAAAUACAGAAACAAGUAAUUAUAACAUCCAACUUGAUAUUUAUAUAAAUAUAUACUUUUGUCAAAUAUUUUUUAUUAUUUUAAACACUUUGCGAAUAAAUAACACAAAUAUUUAUGUUAAUUUAAAUUAUAAUAUAAAAAAAAAUAAUUUAGAUUAUUUUUAUUUAUUAAUUUUAAUUAAUUUUUAUAGCUUAUUUUAUCUUCUAAUAUUUUCUAAAGAUAUAUUAAACGAGAAUUUGGAAAAUGAAAAAAAAGCAGACAAUAAAGAAAGCAAAAUAAACAAAGAAUUUAAAAUAUUAAAAUUUUUCAACGAAGUUUAUGUAGAACAAAGAAAUAAAAACAUUGAAAAAACAGAAUCAUUAAAUAUAGAAAAUAUUAGUAUUACUUCACACAAUUUUGAAAAAUAUUUAGCUUUAAUUUUUGAAAAUGUAAAAGAGAAAAUUGAUCAAAUAAACGUAGAUAAUUACAUUAUUCAGAAAUUGUUUUUUAAAAUAAAUUGCCUACUUUGUGAUAAGGUAUGUAUAUCUAAUAUAUAUAAUAAUUAUUAUAUAUGUGAAAACAAUCAUAUAUUUAGUAAAUGUAUGAUUACUUUUUGUUGCAUAUACAAAAAUAAUCUAAUAUUACCAACUAUUUUUAAUUUAGAUGAUUUAAAUAAAAAACUAUUUGAUGAAUUUAAUACUUCUUUAAAAUUCAAUUUAUUAAUUAAAGUAGAUUUCAUUUACUUUUGUUCAUUCUGUUAUUAUUUUAUUUCAACUAAAAAUAUUUUUUUUGAAAAGCAUUUUUUUUUUAAUCAAUGUCCUUUCUGUAAUCAUGAAUUAAAUAUUUUAUAA